AGCCAAUUACAACCCACAGUUGAAUAUGAAUGCAUAAAUAAGGCGUAGCUUGUGUCUAAGUUUUGGCUACGACUGACCGAGGGUGGGAGGUGGCGCGAGAGCGAGGUGUGCGUGCAUGACAUAAACGUUGGAGGGUCCUGAGGGGAUGGUUCAAACCCCAAAAAGUAGUUGAGCAAGGGAGACCAACAUCCAACAGUCAACCAUCACCUCCUGGCUGUCAGCCGUGAGUAACAAAGACCAGAGUAGUGCAGCUGUAGAGGGGGUCUGUCUGGCAACGCAAGCUGUGCAGGAAUACCGCACCAGACAUUAGACUACUUUUCUCAAAUUGUAUGCGAUAUUAUGUCAUCGGUUGAAAGAUAAGCUUAAAUUUACUGUCUUGGUGCUAAAUCUCUGAUAGUUCAGAAGAAGAGAACGUACUCUUCCGCCUGAAGAGAAGUCAUGAAUAGAGAGAGGGUUCAGGUGGGAGAUCUCUCAAUCGCUUCUCCGCCGGCGUCUUGUGUGGCUGCCCAAACAGCGGUGAUCGUCGUGGCCGCUCCAGAAAGCAUGGACAAUCACUGCGAGAAGCGGCUCUCUGACAACGAACUGUCGGUGUUUUCCUGUCCCGGCGGUAUAGACAUUCUGCAAGGGGACAGUCGAAACAACUCUCCACAUCAAGAACCGGCUCCGAUAGCAAUUCCAACGGUUCACCGGACCACCGCGUUUUCUGUUUUGGACAUUUUGGACCCAAAUAAGUUUACGAGCAAAAAGCAAAAUCCUAACCGGACCGGCAGUGAAUUCGCCUUCGGGACAGAGAACCGUGGAGGUGACGACUCGAAUCAUGCUGUAGAUCAGAAAUCUUAUGCAGAAGACUAUGAAUGUAAAAAAUCUACAGCACUAAAUGAGGGGCUGGUGUACAGAUCGGACGAAUGCGAGAAUGAUUUCAACAGAGACUCCCACUCUGACAGCGAGAUGCAGGAUGACUUGUUUAGUGAGGAGAGCAGCAGUGGCCUGACUGAAAAUACCCAGGGGGAACUGGGCCACCAUGAAGACGACGACAAGGAGAGCAAGAGCCCAAGAAGUCCUGACGGACAGCAAACGCAACAGUCAGGGUCGAAUGGACAAAGUCAUCAAGGAAAGCCGAAGCGAAAGCGCUCUGGCUCCGAUUCAAAGUCGGGUAAGCCCCGAAGGGCCCGGACAGCAUUCACUUACGAACAACUUGUUGCACUGGAGAACAAAUUCAAGUGCACCCGAUACCUCUCCGUGUGUGAGAGGCUAAAUUUGGCACUGUCACUUAGUUUGACUGAAACUCAAGUCAAAAUCUGGUUCCAGAACCGACGGACCAAGUGGAAGAAACAGAACCCUGGCGCAGACACCAGCGCCCCGACGGGCGGGGGGCCGAAUGGCCAGAGCAAUGGACUAGGGGGCCUGAGUCCGCUCAGCCCGUCUCCUCCCAUGAACGGCCAUCUGUCAAUGCACACGAGCUAUGGUCACGGGCCAGGCGGGUUAGUCUGCACCACCCAAUUACCCUUUCUGCCAAGUCAUGCGGUACUGUCACCUUUCAUGUUAGGAUCUCAGACCUACGGAGCGCCUGCGUUUUACACUUCACACCUAUAAAGACAUGGACAUACGUGUGGUUUUACGCCCAAACAUUAUGUUUUCAGAGGCGUCUUAAAUUAACCGAUAUUAUCAAACGGCAGAACUCUGAUGAACAUUUCAUGUUGCUGUUUCGUCAAGGACAUGUAAUGCUCGAAGAAAACUUACCUUUACCAAGGGAAUAAUAUUUUUAUUAUGCUAAUGUUCUAUUUGACUUUUGUUUUUCAUUUUGAUAGAAUGUGAAUACUCGUGGUCAAAAUGUAUAUAGGCCUACAAAUGUUGACAAAUAUAUGUCUAGCUUCAAAUUUCGAAUGCAGUUCAUGAAUAUUAGAGUGUUGAAAAAAUACAUGUAGGCCUAUCAAUAUCGUUCAUUUACAUCUGGAAUGGCUUGAAAUAUUGUAAUUACUGUGUAACUAAACUGUGAAAGUUAAAUAUGAUUGUUUUCAUAUAAGUUGUCGUUACUAAUUUAUUUCAUAUAGUUACCUGAGAACAUGUGGCUGUAAUGAAUGCUCACUUCAUCUGGAUUCGUCUUUGAUAAGACAAAGUAAAAUAAUAAUAAACUAUAGGCUACCAUUUACAAACGAAUAAGCUACUUUAAUAUGAAUAUUCAAUAGAUUAAAUCCUGUUUCUAAUCAGUCGAUAAUUUUUUUCCCUUUUCCUCCAAAUUAAAGACAUUUUGGAACUGAACACAGAGUUUUUCCCCCCUUUUUAAGAAAUGUUUAACUCUUAUUUGACCAGUUAUUUAUGUUGGCCAACCGACGAUAUUGUGUUGCAUUUGUUUUCUAACAAAAAAGCUAUAGCCUAUAUUUAAUGUUUUUUUGUGCGGAAAAGGUAUAGUAGAUAUAGAAAAAAUACAGUAGCCCAACCAUAGGCCUAUUACUGGAUCCGUCAUGGCGAAUAUCUAUAGCGUAACUUUUAUUAAUUAAAUUGAAUUACUUAAUGGAUUUAUUAAUAUAGGUUUUAUUGAUACGAAAUUUGACAGCGGCUAUCUGAAUAAAUUUGAUGAGGAAAAACACUCACUGGUAACUUAAACGGCAUCCCUGUGUAAAAGAGGGAUUUUAACUUCAUAACUAUUGAGAGAAACGAGUUUCAUUGUGGGAGAACGUCAUGCCAAAUGAAGGAUAGAUACAGGCUACUAAAUGCGCUUGUGCGUAAAACACCCAUUUAGGUUAUAGAAUAUUUGAAUGAGUUCAUAAUUAAAAGUCUAACAAAAACACAUGUGGUGAUUGAAUGUAUUUAAUUAAGCAAUUUCAUUUUUCCCCCAUCUGGGAUCAGGAGACGAAUUUGAAUAGGGCCACUUUAGAAGUGCAAAACAUCCAGUCAAUAGUGCACGUUUUGCACUAUCGAUGCAAGUUGUAGGGUAGGUAUAUACAAUAUUUAAAACUAUAGUUUCGUCGAGUUUAUAAGGACAAAAGUGACAUUGAUACAGAAUUUAUUUAUAUUCCUUUUGCACCUGAUGACUAUUUCGCUUCGGAUCAUAGUCUGUAUUUAUACAGUGAUGAAAUGGCACAUGCCAGCCAUUAGGGAACGUGCUCCUGGAACCAUUCUAGAAUUUCACAUGUAGGUAUGACUAAAUACAAAUCGAUUAUACGACGUAGCCUAGAAUAUAACCUCCACUUUGUAGAUAGUCUAAACAACUUUCCAGAUUUUGGGAUUAUUUGGAGCAUGGGACAUUUCUUGCAGACGCACAGACCCGAACAAGGCGUUGCAGAAAAUAGCCUAUGGAGUGUGUAUUUUUUGUUAUCUGCCAGCUGUUUUUAUCAAGUCUUAGGAUCUUGGAGUAUCUUGUUGGACAAAAUGUGAGUUUUAAGGGGUUCAUUAUGUAAAUAUUAAAUUAUUUUCAACACGUUUUGCAGUGGAAUCAUUAAAUUCCCAUCUGCAUUGGCGAGCGCACUGCGCGACUCUUAGAAAAAAAAGGUUCUGGAUAGAACCAAAAAGGGUUAUUUUGCUUGACUCAUAUAUGGCACCCCUAAAGGUUCUAUAUCCAAUUUGUAAGUCGCUCUGGAUAAGAGCGUCUGCUAAAUGACUUAAAUGUAAAUGUAUAUAGAACCCUUUUGUAGGGUUCUUUGAUCAGAACCCCAGGGGUUCUUAUUCACUGAACCAACAUUGGUUCCAUAUAGAACCCUACCAAUUUCGGUUUUAUAUAGAACCUUAAGGAGUGCCUUGUAUGAAACAAGCAUAGAACCUUUUUUUGGUUCUAUCCAUUUUUCUAAGAAUGUGUGUCACUUAGGCUAUAUGUCGCUAAACAUGGAAUCACAUGGUCUAUCCGUCUCUCUGUUGCCGCCGGUAAUUUCAGAACAAAGUUGCCUACAAAGUUGCCAAUGUCUUUGCAAUUGAUACAAACAAGCAACGUAUAAAAAUACGUGAUGACUGCAUUAAAAAUAUAAACAGUAGGCUUAUAGGCCUAUUUCAUAUUGAAAAACAUGUUCAAUCAAUUAC